GUAAAAGCUCACCCGCCGUCGCCGGCAAUGUCGAACGCCACUGAAGCUCUCCAUCGCAGGCUGGCAGAAUUAUCGGAGUCGUUACUCGCCCAUCUCUCCGCUGCACCCUACGCACCACUUGAAGGUUCAUCCAUCUCCGUGAAAUUCGUCCUCCAGUCUCUCCUCCCCAAAUCCGCCGCCGGCGCCGCGGAAUCGCAGCUCCGGGAAUCAAUCAGGAAUUUCGUUCUGGCAUCGGCCUUGCUCGCCGCGUCCAAAUCCUUCGCUCACGAGUUGCUCUCAUGGAUUCCCCAUCAGCUCGCUGAUGCUGCUACCGCCGCUUUUCGAGAUAUAUCUGAUUUGUAUUGCCAGGGCGAUGACGAGAGGUUGGUCGCGGAGUUGGCGCCGGAGGUUUUGCUGCUGUUGAAGGACAUGAUUAAGGAGAGUUCUAUUGAUAACGGUACCGAUGGAGAUGAAGUCUCCGCGGCGUCGGCUAGGGCUCCGGUUGGUUUUGCUAUUCUUGCUGCUUAUCAGCUUAGAUGGUUCGUUACUAAGGUUUGUUGCCAUUUUCUUGUUUCCCUGGCACUGCGAUUUGGAAAUGUUUUGAGUCGAGGGCAAGGAAUGAUUUGCUUCAUUCGUCUAGGGAAGAAUGUGAAUGCUGCCGAAUUCGGUGUUUACCAGGAUGUUGUUCUUGAUGCUUGCUGCCAUAAUAUUGCAUCUGCUGAUGAGAUAUGGCAUCUUGUGGUGGAAAUGUCUGUGCUUCUUGUGUCUAGCAUCCGGCGAAGUACAAGAGGACUAGGCGAGAUGCUUAGUCACCUGGAACGACAACCAAGAAAUAAGGAAUGUCGCGUUGCUUGGCUGACAUUCGUUCUGAAACAGGUUCAUACUUCAUACAGUCUCGAAGUUAACAUGGAUCAGAAACACACCAUAUACCAUGAGGUUGAUCAUCUAAAACCCUAUUUAAUGUCUUCCACUGUCCUCUAUAAGCUCAUAGUGCUGAGCAUUUGCACUUUUUUCGGUUUUAGAUUGGUGGAUGAGCUUGUUGUAUUGCACAAGGAAGCAGCAUUAAGAAUGCACAAGGGGCAGCAGUUCACGGUAGCCUGGGAAAAGCACAGGGAUAACUCAAAUGUAGCAGCUGUGUGCUUCUCUUUAACUGAAAUCUCCAUCGACGAGGAGAGUUCCACCAGCAACACCUUGAAGAAUGACAGCUCACUGAACUACCUGCAACUGCUACUACCCGUUAAGUCGCCGGAGAAUGGAUUUGUUCUUCCUUCACCACAAUGAUUAAAGAGGGAGUAAAUUCAAAUGUUAGGCUGCAUGUAAUGCGAUCAUUCACCUUCUGUAGAUUGAAUGUACUACUUAAUUACUUCAUAUAGACUGAACAGUGAAAUCCUGAGUAGGUUUUUCCUCGUCA